CUUAAACGAUAGUUAACUAUUCAAGGCCAGCUCGUUAGACCUCUAAGCGCCAUCAUCAUUAAUGAGUAUUGCCAAUUCGCUCUCUCGCUACGGUAUAUACUUUAUUCUUACUACCAUCAUUCGCUAAUAUCAAUCUUGCCGUUCAAUCACCAAAAAUGAGCCGCAUAGCGGUGAAGCAGUUCAACCUGGUUCGAGGUGCUAUCGGUGUAGCAUCACGGCGAGUGACCAGCAAAUGGCCAACUAAUACAAUCAAGACGAGACACUACAGCUGGAGACAACCAAUAGGAAUUCAGACAUGUCUUCUGCAAACUCGCCAUCUUAGCACACAGUCACCUACACCUGAUGGCAAGGAGGAAGAGGGGCAAACAGGAACAUAUAGUGAAGCUGAUCACGAACAUGCUGUCAUAUCUACUUUUGAUCUUUUCUCUAUCGGCAUUGGCCCUUCCUCAUCUCACACAGUUGGACCUAUGCGUGCUAGCGGCAUCUUCAUAACCGAUCUGGUUGAGGCCGGCUUACUGGAUAAAGUGCACAAAAUACGCAUCUCCAUCUACGGAAGUCUUGCGCUCACGGGCGAAGGGCACAUGACUCCCUCUGCGCUAUUGUUGGGUCUUGAGGGAGCUAAUGUAGAGUCUGUUGACACUUCCUACGUGCCCACUCGCUUUGCGCAGAUUAAAAAAGACAAGAAACUCUUCUUGGGCCAUGGACUACCCUUUGGCGAAGGCAGAGAAAUCGACUUUGACUACGACAAUGACUUCAAAUGGGAAUGGGGUAAGAAACUGCCCUUGCACAGCAAUGGGAUGCGUUUCAUGGUAUUCGACCACGAAGGCAUGAUGCUGGCAACCAACGACUUCUUCAGCGUCGGUGGCGGUUUCGUGGUCAACGGUGCAUUAUCCACUGCUGCCACGGCUGCUUCAGAGAAGCAAGCACUGGAAAGCGCCUCGGUCGCGGCCAAUGAGUUACAAGCAGAGGGAGGCGGCGGGCAUCCCGCUGAUUUGGCUGAGAAUUUGUUUUAUAAAGAAAUAAGACGAGCUGAUGCGGCGGGGGAUCGCAGGACUGGUUCCGAGAUUAGACCCCAAGAUGCAGACCUCGCGGAAGGGUCGAUCGCUGGGCCUGAAACUGGUCCAAAAGAAGUUUCUAACCGCCCAGAUGCGUCUGCAGUACCAGAGAAUGCGACUGCUAGGACUGAUACUGCCUCCCAACAACCUCGUUAUCCAUUCCGUGACGCAAAUAGUCUUUUAGCGCUUUGUAACAAGCAUAAUCUGACUAUCGCGCAAUUGGUGUACGAGAACGAGAAGAGCCAUGGCUAUAGCGAUGAAGAGAUCUUUGGGAAGGUAAUGCGCAUCUGGGAGGUCAUGGACGAUAGUAUACUGGAAGGUGUUCAGGCGCCCCUCGACGCGACUCUGCCAGGCUCACUUAAGUUACACAGGCGAGCGCCAGCUUUAUAUAAGCGGUUAACGAGGGGCCUCUAUCCCUCUCAUACUGAGUCUCCCGGAACUGCCAAUCAGCAACCGCAGUUAUCUUCUCCCACGAGUGAUAAUAGCGAGAGCAAUGUGUCGGCAGCUGACACAGCCAUAGCCGAGUUGCCCAAAUCACUGACGACAUUAUCGACCCGGCAAAAGUUUAGCAAACGUGGUCCUCCACGAAUACAUGGAUCCCUCUACCAUCCUCUAAUGCCGUCACCUCCACGUCGCACCACCUUCCCAGCCAUGGACUAUUUGACAGUAUACGCAAUUGCUGUCAACGAGACAAAUGCGGCAGGUGGACGAAUUGUGACUGCACCAACGAACGGCGCUGCAGGCAUAAUUCCAGCGGUACUCAAGUACACGAUCGAAUUCAUCAGCGAUGACCCCGAGCGUGAUAUUAUGACGUUCCUUCUAACAGCAUCAGCCAUUGGCAUGUUGUAUAAGCGUGGAGCCACCAUCUCGGCAGCCGAAGGGGGAUGCAUGGCAGAAGUCGGCGUGGCCUGCUCCAUGGCAGCCGGUGCCUUUGCAGCGUGUAUGGGUGCUCGACCGGAAACCAUCGAACAGGCGGCAGAAAUUGGCAUCGAGCACAAUUUGGGUCUAACCUGCGAUCCCAUCGGUGGUCUUGUCCAAGCACCGUGCAUCGAGCGCAAUGCCCUCGGCGCCGUCAAAGCUAUCUCGAGCGCGAACCUAGCCCUCAGUAGUGAAGCUGGCACACAAAAGGUCAGGCUCGACGACGCGAUCCGCGCUAUGAGACUCACGGCUCAGGGUAUGCGCAACGAGUUCAAGGAGACGAGCCUCAGUGGUUUGGCUACUAGCGUGCCGCUGAACAUACCCGUCAGUGUGCCGGACUGCUAAGUUUGGGUUGUUUUUGGUGUGCUUCCUUGCCGAAGAUAGGAGUCUCCCGGAGAUAAGGGUAUUCUGGGUUU